CUCAGUUUUCUUUUUCUUUUACUCCUCGUUCAUUCACUCCAUCCAUUACAUGUUCUCUGUUUACGUCCCAUCAUCCGACUUUCUCUCUGGAGUUUCCAUCAAAAACCAUCACUACCCUUUCCCGUGAAAAGAUCUCACUCGAUCAUAAACAUCGCCAUAAUUAAGAUAUACGAAUUCGAACGAGCGGCAUCAGCAGGAGCAGCAUAUGUACUCAGAGAGUUGGCUUCAAGUAGAUUGCAAUUGAUUGAAUCGAAUCCACCAGGUAAGUAAUCAUGGAGUCAGCAUCAGGAGGGGCGGCUACAUCCCACCCGAACACAGACGAGGGUCCAUCAACACCACUAAAAUCACAGAACUCUCAACCGGAACCAGCUGAAGCUUCUUCUCCAGCUCCGCCGAGUCGGUACGAGUCGCAGAAGCGAAGAGAUUGGAACACCUUCUUGCAGUACCUAAAGAACCACAAGCCGCCAUUGACGCUGGCUCGAUGCAGCGGCGCACAUGUGAUCGAGUUCUUGAAGUAUCUAGACCAAUUCGGGAAGACUAAGGUCCAUGUAACCGGUUGCCCGUAUUUCGGUCACCCGAACCCGCCUUCUCCUUGCGCCUGUCCGCUUAUGCAAGCGUGGGGCAGCCUUGAUGCACUAAUCGGACGGCUCAGAGCUGCUUACGAAGAGAACGGUGGACGGCCAGAAUCGAAUCCGUUUGGGGCACGUGCGGUCAGGAUUUAUUUGAGGGAGAUCAAGGAUGGGCAGGCUAAAGCUAGAGGAGUCCCUUAUGAGAAGAAGAAGAAGCGGAAACGGCCGACUGUUACGGCCGCUUCAGUGUCUGUGAUUUCAAAUGAAGGAGUUGAGGUCAGUGGUGGUGGAAGUGGUGGUGGUGCUGAAGGAGGCGGCACCGUCGGUGAUGGUGGAAGUGUUACUAUUGCUCCUGCUGCUGCGGCUACUGUUGUUACUAGUACCACCGUAAAAACUCCAUUACCAAGCUAACAAGUAGAAUUAGUGGUGCAUAUACGUCGCUGAUCAAGAUUAUGUUCAGUGCACCAAGUCAAGGAGGCUGAAGGGACUUGUUGUUGGCAAGAGAGGAAGCAUUAUAUUAAUUUGUUGCCAAUUUUGACAUUCAAUCCUCUGUGUAUACCAAGAAACUGCGCUCCUGGUCCCGGCUUGGGCUCCCCAUCAAAGUGAGUUUCUGAUCAGUUUUACACAUACUGUUUCAGGUGCUGUUAUUCCAUAUCGGUAACAUGUGUGAAAUAUUUUUUAUUUAUAAAGACAGGUUUUUUUUUCUAACUUGGUGAAUUGGGCUUGACUUACUUAUUGCGUUUGAGAAGAACAAAUUCAUGAGAAUAAUACAAUAUAUUUAGUUUGAUGGGGUGUGAAUUUGUAAGAAUCGCUUUCAUGAUUCUA